AUGGAGCUGGGGCGGCUGGAGUACCUGCAGGCCCUGGUCACCGAGUUCCAGGUGACAGACAGCCCAGAGGCCAAGGAGCAGGUACUGGCAAACCUGGCCAACUUUGCCUACGAUCCCAAAAACUACGAGUACCUCCGGCAACUGCAGGUCCUGGAUCUGUUCCUCGAUACGCUCACCGAAGACAGCGAGACCCUCGUGGAGUUUGCGAUUGGCGGUCUUUGUAACCUGUGCCUGGAUAAAACUAACAAAGACUACAUCUUGGAGGCAAAUGGGGUAGAGCCCAUAAUCAACUGCCUCUCCAGCUCCAAUGAGGAGACGGUCAUGUCGGCAGUCACAACGCUGAUGUACCUGACAACGCCGCAGUCACGCCAGCAGACCACAGCUCUCCCAGUAGUGGAGUGCAUGCUUCGCUUCUCUCUCUCGGCCAGCAGAAGGCUAAGGAAUCUGGCAACCGUCUUCCUGGAGGAUUACUGCACACCACUGCAAGUGGAGGAGGCCAGGAAUCCGAGCAAACACACAGCGGUGGGGAUUCCUCUCCCCAAGGACUGA